AUGGCGGCCGCGGUGCUGCAGGCGCCGCUGCUGCUGCCGCCGCUGCCGGCGUCAAAAAGCUCCAGCGGGCUGCUGGCGGGCGCGGCGGCCGGCGCGGCGUCGGUGUCUGCGGUCGUGCCGGGCAGGGUGUCUGGGGUCCUGGGCUUCCCCGCGCGGCGCGAGAUCGGGGACUGCUACAUCUGGGGCGGCUGGAGCGGCGAGGACGGGCGGCUGUCCGGCGGCAGCGCGCGCCCCGUGCUGCUGCACCACACGCACACGCUGGACGUCAUACAGGUGGCAGCCAGCGGCGCGCCCGGCGCGCAGCACGCGGCGCUGCUGACACGCGGCGGGGAGGUGUACACCUGGGGCAGUGGCGCCGGCGGGAAGCUGGGGCACGGCACCAGCAGCAGCGUCGCCGCGCCGCAGCAGGUCGUCCGGCUGUUUGGCAAGGGCGCGGUCGCGGUCGCGUGCGGCCACACCUACACGGCCGCGGUGCUGCGCGACGGGGGGCUGUACACCUGGGGCACGGGCCUGGGCGGCCAGCUCGGCCUGGGGGAGCAGUCGGGACCCACUCAGCUCUGGCCGGCGCGCGUGCACCUCAGCCGGCCCCCCUGCCCCCAAGAGCGCGUCGAGUCCGUGGCGUGCGGCCCCUACCACCUGGCAGCAAUCAGCAGCGCGGGCGUGCUGUACACCUGGGGGGAUGGCCUGUUUGGCAAGCUCGGCCACGGCAGCCACGACAGCUGCGCUGCGCCGCGCGCGGUGGACGCGCUGCGGGGCAGCCGAGUCGUUGGCGUGUCCUGCGGCUGGUGGCACACCGCCGCGGUGGCCGUCCCGCGCGGCGGCGGCGGCGUGGCCGUGCGGCAGCGGCGCCGGACGGCCGGCGGCAGCAGGGCCGGGGCCGGCAGCAGCGGGAGCGACGCGGACGCGUCCGACAGCAGCGCCGCCGGCGACGGCGGUCCGCGGGGCGGCGGCGGCGGCGACUGGGGUGGCGGCGGCGGCGGCUGCGUGGGCGGCGCCCUGUUCACCUGGGGCGGCGACUUCACCUGGCAGCUGCGCGGCAAGCGCGACCACCACCACGGCUGCCUCGGCCAUGGCGACCUGGCGGGGCGGCUGGUGCCGACGCAGGUCCUAGGGGAGGAUGACGUGAGGCAGGUGGUGUGCGGCCGCAACUUCACGGUGGCCCUCAACGGCAUUGGCCAGGUCCUGCAGAUGGGCUCCACGGGCGCAGUGCGCGCGGGGCCGCUGCCGCGGAGGAGCGGAGGGAACCGUGGACGGCCUCCAAAUAUCGCCUCGUGA